CCUAUUUAUACAACAAAGACAAACACUGUCUCCAUAAAUAUCAAGAAAUAAACCUCUACAUUUUGCUACAAAAAAUCCUCCUGCUCCUCCUCCUUUUUUCAAGUUGCUGAGAAAAUGAAAAGUGCAUAUAAAUUUAUCGGUUUAGCGAUGGUAAUGGUCUUUUCAUGUGGGUUGGCUAAUGGAGAUGAUGACAAAAGCCUUAGUCAAAAGUGUGGGGCAGAAUUUCAAAAGGUAGCGGCGUGUUUAACAUACGCGACGGGGAAAGCACCGGCGCCGUCGAAGGAGUGCUGCGAUGCGGCGGAGGAUAUAAAAGAUGAGGACCCGGUUUGUCUUUGUUACAUAAUAGAACAGAUACAUAAAGGAUCAAGUCCAGAGUUGAAGAGCAUGGGCAUUCAAGAAGAUAAAUUGCUUCAGCUUCCUUCUGCUUGCAAGCUCGCUAAUGCCAGCAUCUCUAACUGCCCUAAGUUACUCAACAUUCCUUCAACUUCUCCUGAUUAUGCCAUCUUCACCAAUGCAUCUACUGCGUCCAAAACCCCGGUGGCCACACCUGCUGGGGCUUCUUCAUCGUCGUCGCCCGACACUACAAAGGAUUCCUCCAACGGAUUCAAGAACGGACCCCAGCUUUCAAUCUUUGGAACAGUAGUGGCUGCUGCAGUUGUAGCAGUCUUUUUAAGUGUAAUUCCUAGGGGAGCUACUAGUGUUUUGAUGUAAACUAGAUCACUUCUGUUAAUCUGCCGAACGAUUUCUGUGACUUCCACUUCUACUUCACCAAUUAUUGGAUGAGGUUUUAUUUCCUUUGUAGUUUUUUCGGCUGUAAGUCUCUGUCUCUGUUUUAAUGAAUUGAUGUAUGUAGGUACUUUUGGAAUUAUGUUGUAUGGAUUUGCUUGGCUGGUACAAGACUUUAAUUUCGCUUCUU